AUGCGUCCCAACGCAAGUGCCAACACCUAUGAAAACAGUCCUAGCGCAGUCCCCCGUCUUCGCCGCCAACACAUAGUGAGGACGAGAGUGAAGUCGACUAGAGACCCUUGGAAGCGCGGUCACGGCGACCAGCAGAACAAUGGUGGUGGUGGUGGUGGUGGUGGUGGUGGUGGUGGUGGUGGUGGUGGUGGUGGUAUGUAAGAAGCAGAAGCCUUGCUUCCUGCCAAAAAGUGCAUUUGUGAAGCUCGAGAUUUAACAAAACAUGCCAAAUAGCCGAGAGUGGUAGGGAAAUUCCAAGGAUUGAGCAUAAAAAUCAAACAGGCAAAAUAAGAAAAUACGGCGGGAAGAGAUCACAAAAAGUAUAACGGUGCAGGGAGGUUGUUUCUCUCAAUGCACACAUUACAGCAAGUGGGUGAGCCCAAAGGGUUAUCAUUAGGACGCUGAUCAUGUUGUCAAUGAGAACAGGAGACAUAUUGCGUAGGCACAUCGGUGGAUAGUUCAGACUGUAGAAAAGGUGAAAAGGUAUUCAACCUUUGAAGGUCUGUGGAAGACGACAAGGUGUACGUUUUCUGCAAAAGAAGCAAAAGGAAAAAAAACGAUUAGCGUCCAAGUUACUUCCGUUAUCACUAAUCAGGGAGCACUGUGAUAGAAAAGCAUACUUUAGAUAAGCCCUUGGAACUUGCGAACGCCUGUUCCGGCUCGUACACCGACAGUCGGUUCUAUGUUAGUGCACAGAAUUUUUGCUGAGAACACCGUAUUCCCGCAGUUGUUCAUUUUAAAAAAUGUAAUUAGGAUAUUCAUUUGGGAAUUUAUCUGUAUUUUAUUAAUGUAUCUUUUGAGCUGCACACCGGAGUCCAUAUCUAUUGCGAAGAUUUGUGACCGUAAUGGGGCAUUGAAGGGUUUUUAAAACUAAAAGGACGCUCUUUCUUCGAGAGAAACGUUUGAGGGAGACAUACGUUUAUGCAGAAUGAUUAUAAGGAAGGAUGCUUUUGCGGACGCUUCCUGUGAGGCAUGUUUGCCUUUCCGAAAAAAUCGAAAAUUUAAGGAGAAAAUCCACACUACUUAAGUAAUCCUUCCUACGAGUGUGGUCUUCUUCGAAGCUGGGUGCUUAUGUC